AAUUCCAACUCUCUUUCUCAGCAAUCAAUCAGCAAUCAUCCGACAACAUGCUGAACACUAGCUCGAACGACCACCUCCUCGACAGCCGCGCCAACGCCGCGUACAACUCAAUCACGCAGUCCGAGCUGCGCAACAUGCGCUCCGAGCUUGUCCGCGCCGGCGUCGUCGGCAGCGCGUGGACGGUCGCUGCAACGUCGGGUGCGAUUUUCGCACUGUCCCGACUGUCGCCUGCCAUUGCGCGGACGACCAUUCCGAGCCGCGUCUUUGUCGUCACCAUGCUGUCGACGGGCGUUGGCGUGUCGUGCGCCGAGCGACGCAUGCUCGCCUUCCGUUCUGAAUCGCGCGCUGCCAAGGCCGCCGCGCUGUCCGCCAACACGGUCAACAACCCGGUUCUGGCAAAGCGCCUGCAGGAGCACGAAAAUCUCGCCAACAUGUCCACCUGGGAGGCCGUUCGCACCAUGGACUGGAACCGCUGGCUGAUUGUCAACAAGUUUUACGUCAUUGGUGGCAUCUGGGCCGCAUCCAUGGUCGGCUCGCUUGCCCUCUCCUUCCGCAAUCCGAACAUCAAGCCAUCGCAAAAGCUCAUUCACGCUCGUGUCUACGCCCAAGGAUUGACUGUGGCUGCUGUGGUUGCCUCGGCAGCAGUUGCACCAUUCGACCACAAGGGCGAUCAGGAGGAGAAGGACGCAAUGGAUCUUCUCCGCUACGAGGCCAUGGGUGAGCCCUCUGCAGCAAAGCAAUAGUGCCCGAAGGUGCGGUUGCUGCGCAUUUCUGUAAAGUCUGUGACAUGCCAAGCAUUCAGCGGCCAUAUCGUGUUUGGUUGUCAAUCAUCAUUGUUUUAGUACAAGUGUAAUUUUUGGUCAUGGACAAAUCGUGAGUUUGAAAUUUGGG